AUGGUGACACGAAAGAUUCUCGUGACAGGUGCUACAGGCAAGCAAGGCGGCGCCGUUGUCAAAGCACUGCUGGCGAACCCUCCUCCUUUUGACUACGAAAUCCUCGCCCUCACCCGCAAAACCACCUCCAACGCGGCGAAAGCUCUGGCCUCUAAGCCCCAAGUCACCCUCAUCGAGGGAGACCUUGAUGACUGUACGAGCAUCUUCACAAAAGCUGGAGGCGUCGGGGCGGUAUGGGGCGUCUUCUGCGUCACAUUGCCCAAUUUCAAGAGCAAGGUGCAGGGCAAGGAGACACAGCAGGGAAACAAUUUGGUAGAUGCGGCUGUGGCCCACAGAGUCAAUCACUUCGUCUAUACCUCUGUUGACCGUGGUGGCCCGGACAAAUCUGAAGUCGACGCCACCUAUGUUGCUCACUUCGUUUCCAAGUACAAAGUAGAAAAGCAUCUCAAAGAAAAGGUCCGAGGCACAGACAUGACCUAUACUAUCUUGCGACCGACGGCAUUCAUGGACAAUCUCACACCAAACCUCCCCGGCCGCAUCUUUGCUGCGACAUGGCAUACCAUGGGCGACAAGCGUCUCCAAUUGGUGGCCGUCAAAGACAUUGGAGUCUUUGCAGCCAAGGCAUUUGGCGCCGCGGAAACAGAAGACUACAAAAACGCGGCCAUCAGUCUGGCCGGCUGCGAUCUGACCCAGGCCGAAGCUGAUGAGAUCUUUUGGAAGGUCCUGGGACGACCCAUGCCUCGGUCAUACGAUUUUGUGAGCCAUUUCCUCAUGUACAUGGUCCCGGACGCGGGCACCAUGAUUCGAUGGUUCAAGGAACAAGGGUACGGUGCCGAUCUGCAACAAUGCCGACGAUUGAACGAAAAGAUGCUGGAUUUUGAGGCAUACCUCCGAGAGGAAAGCGGCUUCAGACGGUAA